GUCAUUUUCACUAAAAACCUUCAUUAGUGAGCACGUUCUAACUGUGUGUUUUUCAACUUAUUAUGAUAUGAACAUUGGAAAUAUACACAAGUGAUUACAUGGAGCAUAAUUUAAUAAGAACGUGUGUGAAAUUUAGUUAAAUUAUGGAAUGAUGAAUUAAGAAUGUAUUAGACUUGGAGACUAAUUUGAGUGCCUAGUUUAGUGUGAUUAAUCAUGGAUCGUUUCGUGUGCCAUCUGGGAGUGCUAGUUCACAAAAGUACCCAGCCAGCUAGUAUCACUAAUAUCCUGGUCCUUCUCAAAAUCAUGAUAACAGUGUCUCCAUCCACUGCUGAAUGUGAAAGACAAUUUUCUGCAAUGAAGCUCAUCAAGUCAGCCAGACGGUCACACAUGAACCAAGACACCCUUGAGGCUCUGAUGAGAGUUCAUGCCGAUGGUCCCCCUGCAGCCCUGUUUGAUCCCCAGCCUGCCAUCCACCACUGGAUGUCCAGUGGACCUGGUACCCGUCACCUUGGUGGCCACAAGAUACCACAGAAACCCAGUGUUGUUCUAUCUGACAAUGAAGAUGAUGACCGUGAUGAUUCCCGUGACCAGUAAUGCUAUACCUGAAGAGUGAGCUACCAAGAUUUUAAUAUGAACUGCACAUGCAGUACAUAAAGACAAUGCUUUGAACAUUCCUUUACCAUUAAUACAUACCCUUUAAUGAUUAUAUGAACAUUUAACUAGAGAUUAUAGAAUGUACAAGUACUCAAGUUGAUCUCAAUAUUGACAGUGACUUACAAUUUGAAUACAUGUUUUGUACUUAAAAAUACAUACCAUUUUGUGAACAUUUAACUAGUGAUUAUAGAAUGUACAAGUAUUUAAGUUAAUCUCCAUACUGACAGUGACUUACAAGUUAAAUGCUUAUUACUGAAGAUAGCUUGGCACAGAAAUAAUAAUACUAAAAAGAACAACACAAGACAGUUGUAUGAAUACAUUACUUUUACUAUUAACAAUUUUACUAUAGCAAGCAAUUAUUAUCUAAUUUCGUUUAAAUUAGUGGUUGGCAGAAAUUGGUCACAGCUUCACAUCAAUGUCAAUAUACAAAUACAUAUGAUAUAAAGUAUAUGUUUAAAAUGCAGAUGUGGAGGCCCUGUGAACAGAGGCCUAAUACAGUAUACUU